AAACUUUGUGACACUCAUUAAAACUCCAGAAAACACUAGCCACCCACAUAACUAUAUAAUUACAUUAAUGUAAACCUUAGAUUAUAUUAGACUCCCAUAAUCUUCAUUUUAAUACAAUACUUAAGAUCCAAGCAGAGCACUAUUAGACACUUUAGUUAUAUUUUUUUUGUUAGGAAACAAAAUAUAUAUACGUUGAUUUGAUAAGCUGUGUAUGGGGUUUGCAAACAUGGAAGCUAAAGGAGGGGGUCCGGUUUUGAACCAAACAAAAGAUUGGAAUGCCGGGAAGGGUAAUCUGGUAUCUUAUAAAGAGAGGAUGAUGAAGUUUGUAGGUUUAGUAUGUAGAACAAUCUGGAAAGUGGGUAAGGAGGAUCCAAGACGGGUGAUCCAUGCGUUCAAAGUUGGUUUCUCGUUGACAAUUGUUUCGUUGUUGUAUCUCUUGGAGCCUUUGUUCAACGACGUUGGAGAAAAUGCUAUUUGGGCUGUCAUGACUGUUGUGGUUGUGCUCGAGUUCACUGCAGGGGCAACAUUGUGCAAGGGAUUGAACAGAGGACUUGGGACAGUUUUGGCCGGAUCAUUGGCAUUUUUCAUCGAGUUUGUUGCCAAUAAAUCUAGCCAUGUCUUUCGCGCUAUCUUCAUUGCAUUUGCUGUUUUUUUUAUUGGAACAUCAGCUACAUAUAUCAGAUUUUUCCCAUACAUAAAAAAGAAUUAUGAUUAUGGGGUGGUGAUAUUCUUAUUGACAUUUAACUUAAUCACGGUGUCUAGCUAUCGUGUUAAUGAUGUCCUGCACAUAGCAAAACAACGACUCUAUACCAUUGCCAUAGGCUGUGGGAUCUGCCUCUUAUUGAGUCUCUUGGUUUUUCCACAUUGGUCAGGGGAAGAUCUUCACAAGUCUACUGUCUCCAAACUUGAAGGCCUUGCUAAGUCUAUUGAAGCAUGUGUUCAACAGUACUUUAAUGACUCCAAUUCAGAAGAUCAAGAAGAAAAUUUGUCUGACGACCCUAUCUAUAAGGAAAUUUUAGAUUCAAAAUCUGCAGACGAGGCCAUGGCAUUAUAUGCAAGCUGGGAGCCCCGAGCAUCAAGGAACUGCCUGAGGUUUCCAUGGAAGCAGUAUGUUAAAGUAGGAGCAGUUCUUCGUCAUUUUGGCUAUACUGUUGUUGCCUUGCAUGGCUGUUUGCAGACCGAAAUCCAGACACCGAAAGCUGUGCGUGCAUUGUUCAAGGACCCCUGCAUCCGGCUUGCAGCAGAAGUUUCAAAAGUUGUUAGAGAAUUAGCAAACAGCAUAAGAAACCGGCGUCAUUGCUCUCCAUCAAUCCUUUCAGACCAACUCCAUGAAGCAUUACAAGACCUUGACACUGCGUUAAAAUCUCAACCUCGUCUCUUUCUCAAUCCCACCAUUGAUACUCAUAUCACAUCCCCAACUAAUGUCACCAUACCAAGUUUGAAGACGGACUCUUCUGCUCUACUUGAGUGGAAGAGUAAGCGAGAUCAGAAGACUGCUUCUCUUACUGAAGCUGUAACACCUAAAGAGAAAGAAGGUGGAGUUGACAGAAGAGUGUUGAGGCCAACAUUGAGCAAGAUUGCCAUCACAAGCUUGGAGUUUGCUGAGGCAUUACCAUUUGCAGCCUUUGCAUCGUUGUUAGUGGAGACCGUUGCUAGGUUGGAUCGUGUCAUUGAAGAGGUAGAGGAGUUAGGGAGGAUAGCUCACUUUAAGGAGUUUAGGCCUGGUGAUGACAUUGUUGUUAAGUGUGAUGAUGAUAAGCCAAUUGGUAAUGGAUAUCAUAAUAAUCAUUUGCCUUCACAUGGUUUUGAAUAAUUCAUCAUAUACAACAGUUACGAGUUGUACUUGUUAGUAUGUAUCAAUUGUACUUAAUUUUUUAGCGUGAAAAGUAUCAAUUUGUGUA